AUGGAGAAAGCUGAAGAAAACAUAGGAACUUCAAAUGUAGAGAAUGAAAAUGUGGAACUGAAUUUAGGGCUUUCAUUGAAUGUAAUUUUGAUGUGGAUCGCAAGGAAGUGGUGCUUCAAGUCCCAACAACCACCUACUCAAGGAAAUUAUAUUGCUAAAGGGAAGAUAAAAAACUUCAUGCUCAACCAUAUGACUUUUGUUUCCACAAGAGGUAAAGGACCAAAUGGAAAGAAGACUGAAGGAUUGUUAUACCCGUGUAACAAGAAAGAUGAAGUGGAGAUAGUUUUUCUUUGUCAUGGUGAUCUUCUAAAUGCAGCUGAAUUUGUCGAACACGCUAGUGGAGGUUAUGUAGAGCACCCUUUAAACCAUAUAUUUAUUGAUGGAGAAUAG